GAUUUCAACGGAUAUCCCACACAGGUGCGCCUGGAUAUUUGUGCGUAAUUUGCGGACGGCAUGAGAUGCGUGUUUACUAUGUGAAUGCAUGUUGUUUGGCGUAACAGGCAGAAAUGCGCGUCCGCGGCUCUGCGACUCGCACUGAAAACCGUGCAAGUGGGGCAUGCAUCACUUAAACAGAGGACCAACAAGCUGGUGUAGUGUGUUAGCAGAUCCACGGGGAUAAAACACAACGACGUCUCGGUAUUUUUUCUUUAGCGAUAACACUGGAUUACUGGAGCUGCAGGAGGUCGGUUUGAAGGAAGAUUUCAGUUUUAAGGAUAAGGAAAAACGUACAAAUCACAGAUUUGAAAAGGCAGGUGCGUUUCGAGAUUUGCACCUCGUUUUUUAUUUUUUGCAAUCUGAUUUUCGGCCGGGAGGCUGUGAAAUGCAGCCUCUACCUGACAGAUGUGUGGCACCACAACUGCAGCCUACAGAGCAUCUCCUGUCUGCCUGCUGCUGAUCUGCUGUGGUCGGCUGUGGAGGACUGAGACAGCUGAAAAUCUCAUCAUCCCCAUCAUCACCAUCAACGUCUGCCACUUCAAACAGGACAAGACACAAGAGGACAGAGGCUGCUUCUGGCUGAUCAAAGAGCCAGCAGUCACAAAGCACCUGUAGACAAUGACUCCAGCAGAGCUGCUGGCGUGAAAAAAAGCAGCAUGAGAUAAUCGAGGAGUAGCCUACCAUACCAAUCGCUGAUUCAAGCUUUUUUUCUGUUUUGGCGAUGAUGAAACUGUUCCAGUGUGUCAGCUGACUGACAGUGGUUUCAGUGCUGUUGUAGCCCCGGGACGUAGCCAGCAGCUGAAGCGCAGACAGACAACACAAAGGAGAUGGCCCGUCCAGGAUCAGGGUUGCUGGUGCCCGUCAACGGGCUGGGGUACCCACCUCAGAACCUGGCCAGGGUGGUGGUCUGGGAGUGGUUGAACGAACAUGGGCGCUGGAGGCCCUACAGCGCAGCGGUGUGCCACCAUAUUGAGAAUGUACUGAAGGGGGAUGCCCGGGGAACUGUAGUUCUGGGCCAGGUGGACGGCCAGCUCUCUCCUUAUGUCAUCGACCUGCAGUCCAUGCACCAGUUCCGACAGGACACAGGCACCAUGAGACCAGUGCAGAGGAACUUCUACGAGCCGUCGUCUGCCCCGGGGAAAGGCGUGGUGUGGGAGUGGGAGAACGACAACGGCUCGUGGACGCCGUAUGACAUGGAGAUCUGUGUGACCAUCCAGAACGCCUACGAGAAGCAGCACCCCUGGCUCGACCUGACCUCUCUGGGCUUCUGCUACCUCAUCGACUUCAACAGCAUGUGUCAGACCAACAGGCAGAGCCAGCGCAAGCGGCGCCUGCGGAGACGCAUGGACCUGGCCUACCCGCUCAUCAUGGGUUCCAUCCCCAAGUCGCAGUCGUGGCCCGUGGGAGCCAGCUCCGGCCAGCCUUGCUCCUGCCAGCAGUGCAUCCUGGUCAACAGCACGCGAGCCGCCUCCAAUGCUAUUCUGGCGUCCCAGCGACGUAAGCUCUACGGAGGGACAGCAGGCAACCUGGGUGCUACAGGGACUCUCGCUGUAGUGCGGCAGAGCAACACCUUUGCUGGAACCUCCCUCUGGUCUCCCACAUCCGCCUCCUCCGGCCCCAACAACAUUAACAUAAGUAUGGGAGGUGGGCAAGCCAAAGCUGAACAGGUGCAGUUGCCACUGUCCACUGCCAACUUCCCCUGUUCCCCCGUGAUGCCAUCUCUUUCAUCCACCCAUGGCCACCAUGCUCUCAUCAUCAACGGACAGAACAACCUGAACAGGCCGGGCACCCAGCGCAUUUCCAUGGGCACUGCCAGAGGAGCCAUCCCACCAGGGGUUCCUGCCCUCCCAGUAAAGAACCUGACUGGAUCUGGACCAGUGCACCCAGCACUAGCAGGCAUGACAGGUAUCCUGAUGUGCGCUGCAGGUCUGCCGGUUUGCCUGACUCGGGCCCCCAAGCCCAUACUGCACCCACCACCCAUCAACAAGAGCGACAUGAAGCCUGUGCCAGGGAUCAACGGCAUGCGCCGCAAAACCAAGAAAAAGCACCUGAGGAGAGGCAAAAACCCAGAGGAUGUGGUGCGACGAUACACAGAGAAGAUUAAAGUGGCGCCAGAUGAGGACUGUACCAUCUGCAUGGAGAGGCUGGUCAUGUCAUCCGGCUAUGAAGGCGUCCUGCAGCACAAAGGCAUAAAGCCAGAGCUGGUGGGCAAACUUGGCAAGUGUGGGCACAUGUACCAUCUGCUGUGCCUGGUGGCCAUGUACAACAAUGGCAAUAAGGAUGGCAGUCUUCAGUGUCCAACAUGCAAAACCAUCUAUGGGGAGAAAACAGGCACCCAGCCUCCUGGGAAGAUGGAGUACCACGUCAUUCCUCACUGCCUGCCCGGCUACCCAGACUCAAAAACCAUCCGCAUUGUCUACGACAUUCCUGCCGGUAUCCAGACCAAUGAGCAUCCCAACCCCGGGAAGAAGUUCAGUGCAAGAGGGUUCCCUCGACACUGCUACCUCCCUGACAACGAGAAAGGCAGGAAGGUCCUGAAGCUGCUGAUCAUGGCCUGGGACCGACGCCUCAUCUUCACCAUCGGCACGUCCAGCACCACGGGCGAGUCGGACACGGUGGUGUGGAACGAGAUCCACCACAAGACAGAAUUUGGCUCCAACCUGACCGGCCACGGCUACCCCGACCCUAACUACCUGGACAACGUCCUGACAGAGCUGUCGGCCCAGGGGGUCGGCGAGGACAACCUGAAGGACUGAUGGCCGGCUGACCUGGCACACAGGAAAAACAACCCACCAUGCCCCGCCGUCUCCCAGAGUACAGGACACUGCAUGACGGGCCAACAAGCAGCCGAUAUCUCUUUACUCCCCACGAACGAAAUCACCCUGCAGAAGUGGUGGCACAAGAGCAAUGGAAGCAAAAUAAAUGACGUGGUUAUGGUCAAUAUCUUGAUUUGUAUAACCUAAGAUCCCCUCCGCCCCGCUGUCUUUUUAUCCAGCCUGUGAGCUUGUUGUGUUCAUGCCAAAUUUUCUCAGAGGGUUGUAGAAUGUAAAGGUAAGAUUUCUGUCCUGGUAAACGGUAUUUCACCCCUUUUUAGAUUCAAGCUGAAGCUGUUAUUCUGCACUUGAUGAGGGGCCAAAACUAUACAACGGCAUAUUUGUAAAUGCUGAAAUCCAGACUGCAUGGCCCAGACUAACGCUGCAUAAUGAAGGUCGGGCGAUUCCCUGCAAUCGGGUGAGGUGUCGAUAUCAGUUGUUGCUUCAUAUCGUGUAGAGAAAUUGAAGAGAAUUUCAGCAUUUUGAAUGAAUCCAGAUGAAUUGAUUAUCUGCGUCCCCCUUUUUUCCUCUAAUAAUUAAAUAUUGUCCUGUAACAAGCGGUGAAACUUGGUUUUGUGAUUUUAAAGGAUUUUUUGGUGAUGUGACUGUAAAGUUGCUCCAAACAUCUCUGACAUUUUACACUUCGGAUACCUCGGGUCAGUUGUUUUCUAAAAUGGAAGUGUGUUCUGCAGUGCAUGAAGUAGAUUCCAGGAAGAUAAAAAGCUAUGGAACUUUAGUGUUUGGUAAUAAACGUAUGUUGUAUGGUUAACUUUGUGGACUGUCUAUGAGAGGAGACGUGAAAUAGAUGAAACAAGCAUCUUACCAGUCAGUCUGAUGCUUGUUAUGAUGUGUUGGAACUUGACAGGCUGAGGUUGUGAAGCGGGAUUUGCUAUGCUCCAAGGUUAAACUCAUUUGUUUUGUUGACACACUGAUGACGCUGACCUUUGUGAAUAUAAAGCCUCCCUGUUGGAGGCAAACCCAGGCAUCGGCACGAUCCAUCAUGCUGACCACAUGAGGGCUGAGUGUGUGAUUUAGUACUCUGAGACAAUAAUAUGCCGUCUUGAGGUCCUUGAGGAGAAUAGCUGAACACACUUGGACACAAAUGGAUAUUCUUCUUUCAAACACCAACAGUUCUCCCUUGGAGAUCCAUCUUGGGCUCCUGCUAGCCUGCGAUCCACAAGUCUCUUGUGAGCUUGUUUGCUUCUGGGCAGAGCAUAGGGCUCCACUGCUAAAACAUCUUAUUCCCUGUGUGAGCUCACUCAAGAGUUGUUAAGGCCGAUCGUGAUGUAUGGCCACGCCCCCCACUUUCCUCCUCUGCUCCCGCAGAGCACUUCAUUCUAGGAACAACGCAAAUGUUGGUCUAGUAUGUAAUUCGCUGGGAACAAUUUUUUUCCUAAGCUCUCCUCUUCCCCCUCCGAUUUUAUGCCCCUGAGGUAAAGACUUUUUGAAAGGCCGUGGUGGAGAUCUUGUGCUAUUUCUUUACUCUGAGAUAAAAGAUAACCCAGUGCUGCAUAAUUUUCCAUAAAUAUAUCUGAUCAAUUUUAAUGAGCGGGGGUGUUGAUGUAAGGUUUGUCGUGAGGGCACCCAGUUGUGAGCUUCAUUUUGGAGUGAAUCAUAGUCUUCCAUAGCACUUUGAGGCAACAGUUUUGUUUUAAGCAGUCGUUUUAAUUUUUAGGAAAAUGUCUUAAAUUGCAACGAAAUCUGUCUUUUUUUGAAGUUGAUGUUUAUAAACCCGCUUGCGAUGCUUUGAAGAAUAUGAUAUACAUUUGCAGGUGUGAUAUACCUUUAAAUUCAAGCUCAGUUUGAGUCGAUGGUGUAAGUUUAAUUUAUUUUUAUACUCUUCUAUAUGAAAAAAUAUAAAAUGACCGAUAUAUACAGAUACAUAUUACACAGGCACAUGUUAACAUGAAUACAUAAAAUCUGGCAAAGAUGAAUUUGUCAGUAUGUCAGGGACUGUUGAAAUAUGUACGACAUGUUAUGGACGUCUUAUAAUACAAGUAGUCUUAGCGUAUGCUGCUGUCGUUACCUUAAUGUAGAAUCUGUGUAGUUGAUCCCCUGUGGGACUCCAAUAAAUACAGUAAAUGUGUCUUUAUUAUUGGUGGGGGAGCUUAAGCAGCAUGAAGAUGUCCGUUCCCCCCGAAUGGGCCAUUUCUCUUUUUCUACUUGUCCAGAACAUGGGAAUGGAUGCAGUCAGCAGUCUCUGUUCCGUUUGAAGGUGAAAAUGGCGCACCUGGGUUAAAUAGAAGCUACAAAUAGUUUGGUUACACUUUACUUGAAGGUAUCUACAUAAGAGUGACAUGACAGUGUCAUGUCACUCUUAUGUAGAUACCUUCAAGUAAAGUGUUACCAAUAGUUCUUAGUGUUUGUUUUAAGCUAACUGGAGCAACAGAUUGGUGGGACUGA